AUGAUGGCUCGCAAGGGGGCUGGAGAAGGGGAACAACCCACCAGGGAACAUCCAGUCGCGGAAGGAUCUAUCGAGGAGGAGAGCCCCGCCGGACGCCCACAAUGGAAGGGAAGGAAACGCCGCAGCCGGUCGCCCUCCGGCGGCCGCUCAGAAAACUCGUGCGACUCAGCCAGAAGCGACUACUCCUGCCGGUACCUCAACGCAGACAGUUACGGAAAGAACGUGAGUCUGUGUAGGAAGUGUCUUUUUACCUAUUUCAAAUUUAAUAGCGUGACGAAUGUCAUUUACAUGAGGCAUGGAGCCAGGACCCCCAAAAAGAAGAUUCAAAAUAUUUGGCCAUUUAAAGAAGGAAAGGGAGACCUUACCUUCCUGGGAUUUCAACAGUCUAUAAAAAUUGGAAAGUACCUAAGGAAGUAUUACUAUAGCAUGAGGAAGCUCAAUUCUAUUUACAAUGAUGGGGGGAGUCGUUCGGGGGGGGAGAAGAGUAGUGGGUCUCUCGAGUCCGAUGAGGAGACCAACCUGAUGGGGGGAUCCACCCCGUGGGAUGAGCUACUUCCAGGGGGUAAAAUGAAAAAGAGGAAUUUUAAGGAGAACUUGGGGAGUCGGAGGAGGCUGAGGGAGACGAUAAAACUACUGGUGGGUAAACGCCCCCCCGCUGGUCACCCCUGCAGGGUGUUGCACAAGAGGGUGAGGAACAAAAUGGGGUGGACUCCCUUCUGCCGGGAGAGGAAGGGGAGGAAGAGGAGGAAGAGGAAAAAAGGGGAGAAAAAAGAGGAGAAAAAAAAGGAGAAAAAAGAGGAGAAAAAAAAUGACAGAGUUACCCAUGCGAAUCACUUCAUGUGCAAGGAAGGACAACGCGAAGCUGCCCUGCGUUGGACCCGCCCUCUCCAUGCAGGCACACCAAAUGGAGGUCACAAUAAAGACGCCACUAACACUUCGGGGAGGGGAAAGGACCGACUGCCCCCCACCUGCCAAGCGAGCUACCCACAGACACAACAGGAGAGAAUGCUCCACAUAGAGAAGCAGAAGCGGAAAUUUGAUAGAGUGGUAAAAAUAAUAAAACAUUAUUUGUGUGUGAAAACGACCAGCAGUGAGAGGUGCAAGUUAACAGCCUAUGCCAUCAUGUGUGGUAUCCUCGGAAUCACAGAAAAAAUGUUUUUUUUUUUUUUUUUAUUAUCUUUUGAUAAUGACCAGUAUGAUUUGUUAGACGCAGAUUUUAUGGGUGGGAGGGGGAUGGCCAGUGAUCACUUCCGCUCUGUGAGUGGCAAACGGGAGGAUAGACUGCCCCCCCUGUCAAGUCCGCGGAGGUAUCUCCCCAAUAGUAAUAGCAUCCUCGAAAGGAGGAAGAGCUCACUCCCUGCACGGGUUAACUUUAUAUCACACCAAGGGGAUUCUGUAGACACGCAUGUGAAGGUGGGGCCCAGUUCGGGGGACCACCCCGUAGGGCAUCCACAAGGGGGGGGCAGUUACCACCACGUCAGUUUUGCGCCGGUAUAUCCCAAUCCGGUUUGCAGUUUUAUGGAGAAGGAUUGCGAAGGACGCCUCCACACAGGUGAGCAAAAGCAGCAGGAGCAGCAGCAGCAGCCGCGGCAGCGGUUGAGGGAAGCUGCCGAAAGUUGCAUGACCCGUUCAGGUGGAAGUGGCAUCCCCGAGUGGGUCUCCUCCGUGGUGGAGGAGCAGCCGGAGGAAGAACCUUACAGGAAGCGCCCAAACGGCCGGGGAGAACCACCGAAGAGGCGAAGCGAUGCACGAAGUAGGACAAGCGACACCAACUGGAAGGUGGAAAGCGCGCAGAGCUACAGCGACAGCGUGAACCCGAGUUGGGGCGUCCUUAACAGGAGCCUUGGGAAGGGAGCCCCCCGAAGUGGAGCAGCGCGAAAGGGAGGAGACAAGUUCCGCCCGAGCAGUAGCCUCCUCCACAAUGUGAGGUUAUUUUUCGAGUUCGUUCUAAGUGGAAGGCACAAUUCUACGCUUUUCUACAACAGGAUAGUGAAGACGAAGGGUCGGAACGAGAGGAAGUUGGGGAAGCCGCUCGUUAAUUUUAUAUUUGAAUCCUACAUGCAGUAUGUGUUGGGCGAUUUUGCUGGGUACGUCAGUCGUUCAGGGGAGAGGCACGCCGAGCGAGAUGCUGAGGGCCGUUCGGGGCACCCCCACGUUAGCGACUACCGCGGCAACCACCGCAAAGACCUGCUCUCCUACCUGCGGAACAUCUACAUCCUGUGCUCCGUGGUGAACGUGGCGGAGAGCAACUCCCUCAUGCUGAAGACCCUCAAAUCGAAUAACCACUACGUAAAGAGGCUGAAGAAUCUCAUCUUCUGCAACUCCAAUGUGUACAAGCUGCUGAAUGACCACUAUAAGGAUGAAGUGUCUAUCGUUUACCAAAUCACCAAAUGGAACACCAGAAAUUACCUGAACAGGUCAGAACUUUUGCUCAGCGAACCUUGGGCUAAUAUCACUCCAAGUGAUGUAGUAGCAGAGGAUGAGAGGGAUAUAAAAAAUAGAAUUGUACACAUUUUAAAGAAGCACAACUCAGCUGUUUAUAAGAUAAAGAAGAAGCUACACAAAUCUAUCAUUUUGAAAGAUCUGAAGAAGCUCAGCUGCUACUCUGUCAGUGGCUCUUCGAGGGGUGUUCCCUCUUGUGAGACGCGGAAGUUCCUGCAAGAGAAAAUUAAAAACAUGAAGAACCACCUCUUCUUCAAUUGCAAAAGGAGGAACAUUAAGGUCAUUAAGCAAUUCAUCAGCUCGUACGAUUCGUACGUUUAUCAUAACGUGCGUUUGGUGCUGGACAUGCGCAAGGCGUAUAGGAACGUGGAGGUUGAGUGCAGCUCCUCCAGUGAGGGCGUGCUCGCGGUGGGUUCCUCCGAAAGGGGGAGGGAGCACUCGAGCGGGGGGCCAAGCGGACGGGAAGACCGCCCCAAAAAGGAAGUAUCAUUCCGCGAGGGGGGAGAUCCCCCAAAAUGGCAUCAAGCUGCGCAAAGGGGAGGAGCGCAAGGGGGGGAUGCGCCAACUGGAGCAGAGAAGUGGACCCACCUGGAGAGGCCGAGCGGGCUGGACGGAUGCUGUGCGGGGGAUUGCUCCAAUGGAGGUGCCCAUGGGGAGGGCGAAAAAACGGCAAAGGGGCCUCUUGGCCAGAGAGAAGCGGCGCUCGCUAACCAGCUCGCCAAUCCGCUCACCAACCCGCCGGAUGACCCUCCUGACGAUGCGCUCGCUAGUCAGCUCGCUAGUCAGCUCGCUAACCAGCUCGCCAAUCCGCUCACCAACCCGCCCGCUACCCCGCUGGCCAACCCGCGCGGGACGAGGAGGGCCGAGGAGGGCGCGGAGAAGAAGGAAAAGAACAAAGCGAAGAGCUUCUAUAAAAAGAUCUACGAGUGCUACAAGCACAUGUGCACCCUCGAAUACAGCAACAAGUACCUGUCGUGGCUGUGCAGCGGCAUGUCGCUGAUGGACGUGGUCAUAAAUUUUAUGAUAAGCGUCCGUGUGUAUGAGGAUUUCAAUCGGGAGGUGGGCACCGGCUGGGGGGGAGGGAAGAAGUUCAUUCCCAAAAUUAUAGUUUACCUAACGCACCAGUCGUCCAUUCUGUCCUUCCAGUCGUGCGUGGGUGUCAAGCGGAGCUCCAUGAAGAUCCCGCCAUUCGGGGGGUUCCUCUCGCUGGAGCUCGUGCACAUAAGGAAGAAGGGCGGGCAUAGGCAUGGACAGGCGGCGUCCAAGGGGCGAAGUGAGCUUAGCGCUAAGCCGCUCAGCGAGGCCAACAAGGAGGACCACACCGCGCUCCAAAUGGACGGCGAGGCGAGAAGUGCAGACCGGCAUAACGUCCAAGCGUUCAUUCGGGACAAUGACACGGCGAGUAUAUUCUGUUGUAAGGAGGACUGCGUGUGGAAGAGCGGCGCGCGCGAAGGCAAGUACGAGCGCUACCUGCCCAAGUGUGCAAAGAAAAUCCACGACUUUAAAAAUUUGUUCAACCUGCUCUGCUACAGAGAUGGUAAGGGGGGCGGCAAGGGAGGCGGCAAUGUAGGCAGAAACGGAAGUGGCAAUGUAGGCAGAAACGGAAGUGGCAAUGUAGGUGGCAGUGCAAGCCGCCACUUGGGCAGCCACCCGGGCAGCAACGUGGACAGCCUCAUUCAGCUGUACAACGUUUGCCUCAGUGACAGCUGCUCUUACGUGGGGAACGCAGAGCUGAACGGCGGGCAGGGGGGGCCCCGCAGGAGGAGGAGGUCCUUUUACGGCUACUUUGUGAAGUUCACGUUCAAUCACUACUUCCCGCUUAAGCUGAAGAGGAAGAAGAGCAUAAAGAAGUGUAGGCGGGGGGGAAGACGGAAUGGGGGGGAAACGGAGGAAGGAGAAGACACAGGACGGCUGAAGGGGGAGGCAGUCGAACAACCCAAUGGAGAGGUAAGCAGCUUGGAGGGAAGAGCCCCUAAAGGGAAAGUCCCCCCCACUGUGGUAGGGAGGAAAGACAAACGGUUGGAUACAAAUGGGGAGACAUCCCGGUUAGCUUCCCCAAAGGGAAGAAAAAAAACUUUCCAAAGGGGUAAACCCCACAUGCAAAACACCUACGCCGCGCAAACGAGUGACCAAAGCGACGACUGUAGGAAGGGCAAACACCUCAGGAGAGACAAAAUAAUGAAGCGACUCAACAUGAAUAGCUUCAGCUUCGACUGUAAGCACGACAGGUACAUGCACUACGUGUACAACAGCAGUGACCUCAAGUACGGCAGGAUCUACAGCAGGCUUAAUAGAGAAAGCGAUUCUAAGUUCAGUACCAAGAAAAGUGUAGAUAUUAAUAACCGGUUGAUAGAGAGGAGCCGGGUCAAGUCCAACGGAGGGGGCAGCUCCUUCUCCAGUGAUGAGAGUACGCAUGACGAGUUGGAGUUUCGCAACGGGAAGUUUAAGUCCCUUGGCCGGGGUGAAGGCGGAGCGGCGGGGGGAGCGCCUAAGGACGAGGUGGAAAACGAGCUGAACAGUGUAAGCGGUGUGAACGGUCAAACGAAUUACCCUGCGGGGGAAGCCGGACGGGAGCACCUGCACCACUUGAAGGCGAACGAAGUGGAUGGAGGCCAGCCGAACUGCACGCCCAUGGGGUACAGCUUCAAACUCUCCAAGAGAGCCAUGUCCUCCAGGCUGCUAAAGAACUGCAUGACGGAGGAGACGGAAAAGAGGAAGAGGAAGAAAAUGCAAAAAAUGCAACAGAUGCAGAAGAGCAAGCCGGGGGGUGGUAGGAAGAAGGACGAGAGUGACAAAAGGAACUACCAGAAUGAGAACAUCAUUUGUCUGGACUGCUUGGUUAGCUACUUGCGGCAGAUGCUCCGGGUGUACGGCCACCCCGAGAUGUUGUGA